AAAGAGCAAAGCAAAAGCACGCGGUCUCGAAUGUAACUCAACAUAGACCGGAGACUGAACACACCGUUCCUCCGGCUUCAGAGAAAACAAUAACCCUGCACGCUCCUCCAGCUGCUAGCGAAACGCGAAGAAAGAGACCAUGUGAAGGCGUCUUGCAGAACAUCUUCGUGCGGGAACGAGUGAAAGUUUAGGCUCUGAGCAAGGAAUGUCUACGGAGGAGAAGCCUGAAGCUCCCAUGUAUGUCUAUGAGUCGACAGUGCAUUGUGCCAACAUCCUCCUGUGCCUGAAUGAACAGCGGAAGCAGGACGUCCUGUGUGAUGUGACAGUGCUGGUGGAGGGGAGGGAGAUCCGUGCCCACAGGGCAGUGCUGGCAGCUUGUAGCCAGUAUUUCUCCCUGCUGCUCAGGGGCCAGACGGAACUUGAACCGGUCAUCAACCUGCCACAGAAGAUCACGGAGAAAGGCUUUACCCCACUGUUGCAGUUUGCUUACACAGCCAAGCUGCUGCUCAACAGGGACAACAUCCAGGAUGUCAUGUGUUGUGCCGAAUUCAUGGGAAUGCACAACCUCGAAGACUCCUGCUUCCGCUUCCUACAGGCCCAGAUGAAAAGUGAGGCUGAUGGCAUGCAGACCAGCCAGAAUCCACUAUCACCUCAGACUCUAGUUCAGAACCAUCAUGAUAAUGGAUUAGAGGAUGCAAAUGUGCAGCCAAAUGACUCCAAACCACCACUGUCCGGAUCAAGGCUGCACCCUGAAACUGAGCAAUUAAAAGUCACCAACAACCUGCAUCAAUCAGACCAACCUCCAACUUUCGACCUCCCUCGUUAUCCCAAAUAUAGAAAGUACCAUCAGGUUCUUGCUAAGCACAACGCAACCACCUACUCUCACAGCAGUACCUCAAGCUUACACGGCUCCCUGCAGGAUACCGUCACCAGCAGCGAUGCCCAGGGCCUUGAUCUUUCCAAGGUUAAAGCAGAACCAGCAAGUGGGGAAGACUGUGUGCCACUAGACUUGUCCGAGUUGGAGCAGGACGGUCUGGUCGGGGGUAAAGGGAGUGAGAUGGAGAUGGAAAUGGAGUUUGAAGGAAGACAACUUAGUUCAACGCCCAUCGAAUUGCCUGUGAGCAAGCGUUCACCAGUGUGCCUGCGCUCCCUUGUUAAAAAGGAAGUCACGUCUUCGGAUCAUUGUCUUACCACUGAUCUGCAACUCACCAGCAGAACCUCUCCCCUUCGAGAACCACAAGUUGCUCCAAAUGACUUCCAAAAAGACUAUCAGACCUUCGUUGGGGGACUUGGAGUGACAUCCUCAAAAAAGGCUGAGAAAUUAACCGAUGACAUGUCACUCAAGUCACUUUCCUUUGAGAGGAUCUGUUCCCAAGAAUUUGAACGGGAGAGUGACCGAAGAAGUGUCAUCUUCUCCUCUCGAGCCCCUUACCAUCUGGCGGCACCCGCACACUCUUAUCCGGGUGAGAGCUGUUUGGGCCAGGAGACCCCGGAUGACUUAUGGGCAGGUUCCAGCCAGUCGUUCCCCUGCUCCCAAGCACUGUCCCCAACUUCUGUCUCUCAAGAGCCCGCAUUGCCCUACCGCCGCCGGCCAAAGAGCAGCUGUCCGGUGCCCAUUAAAAUGUGUCCCCGUUCGUCUCGUGCCGAGAGCCACAUCAGAACCUCCAGCUCUUGCUCUUCCUACUCCUACGCUGAGGAUGGCAGUGGAGGAUCUCCUUCCAGCCUGCCCCAGUUUGAGCUCUCUACCUCUCCUUGUUCCACCAUGGUGCGAUGCCUGGCCCUUGAACACCGGGAGCAUAGCAUGUCGGGGCCACCAAAGAUCAAGUGCGAGAAGUCGUACGAUACUAAUUCCAGUGACGAAUCUGGAUCUUUUUCCGAUGGAGAUAGCGAAUCCUUUCCCACCAAAGAGCACACUCAAGAGGUGAAACUGCCUUUCUCAAUAGACCAGAUCACAGAGCUUCCACGCAAUGACUUUCAGCUGAUGAUAAAGAUGCAUACGCUGACCUCAGAUCAGCUAGACUUCAUCCACAACAUGAGACGCCGCAGUAAAAACCGCGUCGCGGCUCAGCGCUGCAGGAAAAGAAAGCUGGACUGCAUCCAGAACCUGGAGCGUGAGAUUCACAAACUGGUCUGUGAGAGACAGAAGCUCCUAACCGAACGCAGCCAGCUGAAGAUCUGCAUGGGGGAGCUGUGGGAAAACUUCUCCUUUUUGUCUCAAGAGGUCUGUAGGGAAGAACAGCGGAGUCCAGGACAGUCUCGAUCUCUGUAUAAUCUACACCCAGACCCAGUUUCAUCCGGUCCAGACCUGAGAAUCUCUCCCAAUCCCACCAGUAUAGACGUCACUCUCACCUCACACAACAGCGUGGUGUUGUCCCCAGGCUUAAAUGACUGCCAGGCCAUAGUCAAACCACCACACUCACACCUUAGAGUGGACAGAGAGGCUGUCCCACCCCAAGACACUGUCACCUCUGAGAGGUCAAUGGUGAAACCUUCCCAAAUGGGCAGCUCAAGUGUGACGACUGAUUUCUGCCAGGAAAUGACCGAGAAGUGUACGACAGAAGAGCUGCCUGAGAGAAACUGAGUCCAGUAAACUGCAUUCAUAUCUUUUAUCAUGACAGUUGGUUCUGUGUGUUCAAAUGUUACUUUUUUUUGCCAGUGUUAAGCUUUGUUUGCCACUACUUUAGGGGGGCUGUUCUGUUGUUACGCUCAUGGUGCAUCACCUGAUGUGUUUCUGUUUGUGUGUGCAUACGGAUUUGUUCUCAUACAUGCUGUAUAGGAUGCUAAAGUCAUUUCGUUUUG